AUGCAACAACAGCAGGCACCACCGAACCCGUUUCUUCGUGCACUUAACGAGGCGGCAGAACGACGCCGCCAGGAUGCCAGUAACAACAAUCGCAACAAAUCCUACCCCCUGUUUCCCCCUCUUCCAAGCGCCUCGGGGUCAGGUAUGGAAUCAGAAACGCAGCAAGUAAAUGUGAAUAAUAACGUCGGGCCAUUCCCAAGCCGUGGGCGAGGGCGUGGGCGAGAGGGAUUCGGUGAAGCGCCUCGAGGUGGACAUCAACAUUGGAGGAACAAUCCUUCAGCUGCGGGUCAACCUUCGCACCAACCUCAAGGUCGUCCAUACAGACAACCCCCCAACCCCAGCCCCGUGUCCAUUCCAUCACCAUCAACACCUCACAGUACAUACCAACCCGAUGUGCCAAGAGCAGUCUCGCCCGUUUCUCGGGCUAUGGAGCACGCAAGAUCUGUGUUACAACGCCGCCCACCACCACCACAUAUUCAACGGCUGCCACAACAGCAGCAACCACAACAAACCCGCCCACCUCCUCAACGUACUAAACGUCCUCAGGGUGCGGAGGAGUUACGAAGGGAAACCCUACGCCGUAUCAAUGGAUUCGUUAACUGGAAGUUUGGAAAUGAAUUUCGCGUGGAGCUGUUCGGGAGCGGGCAUUAUGGUGUGGCUUCCCCGUCGAGUGAUUUGGAUUUGGUCAUCGUGGAUCGGAACCGGAUGACCGGAUUUCGUCCCAGCGAAUCCCGCGGGGAUUGGCUUCCCUCUAUCUACAAUAUCAGGCGGCUAGGGAAAGAUUUAUGGGAUGCAGGUUACAAGAACGUGCUGGCCAUCCCCUCAGCCAAUGUCCCGAUCGUCAAAUUCUUAGACCCCGUUACGGGGAUGGAGUGCGACAUCAACGUCAACGACCAGCUCGGCUUGAUCAAUUCGCGGAUGCUGAAGAUCUACUGUGAUAUGUCACCGGUACUUCGCCCGAUGCUGUUCGCGGUGAAGGCGUGGGCGAAGCCGCUGGGGUUGAAUAAUCCGAGUGGAAAGAUGGGGCCGAGGACGUUUAGUAGCUAUGCGCUUGCGUUGAUGACCAUUGGAUUCUUGCAGAUGCGUGGGCUGCUGCCGAAUUUACAAGCGGACUUGGAGCCUCUGGACCCGAAAUGUGAGGACGAAGGCAGCAUUUUCUGGGUUCGACAGAAACAGAAACGCAUCAAGUGUGAUAUUAGGUAUGACUCCCGCUCGGCGGUGCCCGUGCCUGUCCAGAAUGAUAUCGAGCUCUUGAUGAAAGACUGGUAUUGGGGCAGGGAGUUUGAUUAUGCGGAAAUGAUGGUUGUCAUCCGCGAGGGAGGGAUUGUGAGAAGGCCGGUUCCGAUGCAGGAGCCAGAGAAGAAGAAAAAGAAGAAGGGGAAAGGGAAAGCAUCGGCGGAGGAAGUUCAGCAGUUCGAGCAGGAGCAGGGGCAAAAUCACGAAGGGCAGGGGGCAGCGUUAGCUACGGAGGUCGAGGGGGCGCAUGCGGAAGAGCCCAAGACUGAGGAAGUUGAGGAAGUAGAAGAGGCGGAGGAUGAUGAGGUCAUCGAUAUAACGGACGCAGGCGAUGCCUUUGAGCUCGACUCGAACGCUCCGGGUGGCUCCUCGACAGCUGCUUCCCAAUCUACGCAAGGUGUUCUUCAACCCCAGACCCAAAACGAUGGAGCUGCUGCGGCCAGCGCUACUGCAGAAGGGAACGUUGUCACCCAGCUACCUGCUUAUGAAGACCAGUGGAAGUGGCACCAACUCGUUGUUGUGGAUCCUUUCAUACGCAAUAAGAAUGUGGUGCAGGGGACCAAGCAACGCGUGCCGAUUUUUAUAGAGGCGUGCAGGGAUGCAGUGAGAGAAUUGGACGCUGGGAAGACGGUGAAUGAGAUGGUUGCGGGGUUGGUGCCAGUGGCUUUUCCAUCCGCGCCCCCGCGGAAGAGGAAGUUCAAGAAUAAAGCCAAAGGGAAGGGGAAGGGGGACCCGACCGCUCAGAAAGUGGAAACACGGUGA